GUAUUUACAGUGGUCCACUAGCCAACACUUUGUGACUAUAAAUUCCCCAAAUGUGUUAGCACCUUCACUCCGUUGUCUCGUUCGACUCUCUCUCUCUGCACCUCUUCAAGAUGCUCUUCUUCCCUUUCUCAAAAUCUUGCCCAACUGCAAAACCAGUGUUUCCGAAUCUUCACUCAUCUCUCUCAGAUUCCUUUUCUGGAUCCCAAUCUUUCUCUUUCAACCCACAAACUGGAUUCAACCUCCGCCCGAAAUCUCUCCAAAUCAGAGCCAUGGAGGCCUCCCUGGACUACCACUUUGGAACCCAACUGCAAACCCAUAUCAAAACACCAACAAGCCUUAAAAUCGCAAUCAUUGGGUUCGACAACUUCGACCAGUUUCUAGCAAAAACCUUCGUCAGCCAGGGCCACACCGUCCUCGCCCACUCUCGCUCUAACUACUCCAACACGGCUGCUAAGCUCGGCAUUUCCUUCUUUAGUGACCCGCACAACCUUUGCGAGGAACACCCAAAAGUGGUGAUGCUAUGCACCUUGAUCCUUUCGACAAAAUCCGUGCUCAAAUCGAUCCCAUUUCAUAGACUACGGCGUAGCACGCUGUUUGUGGACGCUUUGUCGGUGAAGGAAUUUCCCAGAAGCCUAUUUCUCGAAAUCUUGCCUGAAGAGUUCGAUAUACUCUAUACACACCCAAUGUUCGGUCCGGAGAGCGGCAAAAAUGGGUGGGUAGGCCUUACUUUUAUGUGCGAUAAGGUCAGAAUUGGAAACGAUGAUCUUAGAAUCUCAAGGUGUGGGAGAUUCUUGGAUGUUUUUGCAAGAGAAGGGGUGCAAAAUGGUAGAGAUGAGCUGUGUGUUUAAUCAACCAUUAUAAAUCCAAGAACUCUACAUAAGAACCUCAUGUUAAAUCAUAUAAAGAAAUGUGCCUGAACGUUUUAUGGAAUGCGAACAUACUGAAUCCAGACUAACCUGAGUCCAUUAUGGGUGUAGAUGAAUAAGGUAUGGAUCUUCUAAGGCUGUAAAGGGCUAUCCACCUUUUAGUAAUCUCUUUAACGAUGCGAGCAAGAGAGAACGGGUUCUGUUCUUUAUUCAAAAGAUGUGAUCAUUUGAAGAACAGACACUUAACCUUUAUAUACCCUCCUAUCUUAGGGACCAUACCCUUUGGGUUAUUGGGCCUCACGAGUCUUAGCCCAUCAUCUAAGGCCUGUGAUGGCAUUGAGCUUUACACAUAAGGUUACCCA